GUCUAUUUUAAGCGGCGCCUGGGAUACAGAAGAUCAGAGAUUUCUCCGUUUAUCUGUUCCAUCUUCUGCUUCGCCUAUCAUCAGAGACAGCUAGGGUUAGGGUUUUUAUUUUUUUCGUUUAAAAAAAAUCUUUCUUUGGAAAUGGAAGAGAUAACAGAGGGCGUGAAUAACAUGAACUUGGUUGCUGGCCCGGAUUCUCACAAGAAGAAUCGGAUUCAGGUCUCCAACACCAAGAAACCCCUCUUCUUCUACGUCAAUCUUGCCAAGAGGUAUAUGCAGCAGCACGAAGAAGUGGAGCUUUCCGCUCUUGGAAUGGCGAUUGCCACUGUUGUUACCAUAGCAGAGAUUCUGAAGAACAAUGGGUUAGCUGUUGAGAAGAAGAUCAUGACAUCGACGGUUGAUAUGAAGGAUGAAUCAAGAGGGCGGCCCAUUCAGAAAGCAAAGAUUGAGAUAUUGCUGGGGAAGACGGAGAAGUUUGACGAGUUGAUGGAUGCUGCGGCGGAGGAGAGAGAGGCGGCAGACACAGAGGAGCAGAGUUGAAAGGAUAGAAGGUUGUGGGUAAGUUUCACAUUGGGAUUGUUGUUUUGAUGGAUGGGUCCUAGGACUGCUAAUGGCACAGACAAUUGAGUAAAAUGCUACAAUCUCAUUAGUCUUGAAAUGAGUUUCAGGGAUGUGAUAAUAUUGUUUUUUUAGAGUAGGCGAUUCUGUAGAAACUAAUAUCUUGCUAUUCAAAAUUUUAUUUUAUUUUUUA